AUGCUAAGACUUAACAUCUCACAGUUGAUUGCUAUAAAUUGGUGUUCACUGUGCGGUAUCGUCACUUCGUCGUAUUCGAAGACUAAACCUACUACCCGGCCAUCCAUGGAGUCUUUACAACUGUUACGUUUGCUGUGCAUCUUCACUAUUCUAGGGAUUGUUAAUGGAGCGUGGGAUGCUUGUUCUGUAACCUGUGGUGGUGGUACUCAAACUAAGUUGUGUGCUACACCACCAUGCCCGAUUCGAUCAUGUAUGACAAUCGAUUGUCCGCUUGAGAUAGAUUACAAACACGAAGGAUGCUGGAAACAAACAACUCAAGUCACGUUAUUGGAAGGAGGUGGUAAUCCAUAUCUGGAUCCUACUGAUGAAGUCAGGAGUUGUGCAAGGGCAGCAUAUGAUGAAGGAUACACGUAUUUUGUGUUUCUUGACGGCAAGUGUCAUGCUGCAUCAACGCCCGAUGACUACAAUGGCAGUGGGACAUCUGGUCGUUGCCGAUUUGGAAAGGGAACACUAAACAAGAUGGACGUAUACAGGAUUCAUGAUUGGGAGUGUCCGACUGGUUCUGAUUAUGGAUUUUGUAGAUUGCCACAUAUUCGAACGCCUAUCUCAGGCCGUGUCUGUACCCAUGCGGACGAUUGUUUCGAGGUGGGCGGGGAGCCGCUUGAUCCAGUUAUUAUUUGCUGUAAAAAAGUGUUCUGCAAAGACGUAUGUGGACAAAAAAUCGUUCACCGCAACUGCUGGUGUGACGACAAGUGCAUAGAACAUGGCGAUUGCUGCCCAGAGUUUAUGGACGAUUGCUCAGGUAAAGACACGUGCAGUGGUGUUGGAGAUCCGCAUUAUACGUCUUUCGACAACAAAUAUUACCACUUCCAGGGGAAAUGUGAAUACACAUUGUUAAGUACCCAAUGUCCACUUUCACCCUAUGAUUUUCAAAUUAUUGGUAUAAAUCAACCAUGGGGCGCAUCUGCUGCAACCACGACGAAGGAGGUCAGGCUGCUGUUUAAUGACCAUAAUAUACUAUUGAAGCAAGGAAAGCAAAUAAUAUUGAAUGGAGUCGUAGUCUUGCCACCUGUUACAGUGUCGCCUUAUACAACAAUAACAUUAGCUGGAUCUUAUUUGAUCGUAACAACUGGUUAUGGAAUAAAAAUUAGAUGGGACGGAGUAUACAGAGUUUACGUAGAUGUAUCAAGUGCGCAUAGUGGGAAAGUAUGCGGUCUAUGCGGAAACUUUAAUGGUAACAUUGGAGACGAGUUUAUACAGCCAGAUGGUACCCAGGUUACAAAUGUUAAUGUCUUUGGAGAUAGUUGGGCAGCGGCCGCAAAUUGUGUCCCUACAAAAAAACGAUCUAUCGAAGAAGAUUUACCACCACGUGGUUUAGCUGAAGAUGCUAAAGAACUAUGUGAUUCGUUGUUCAACUCAGGAAAUAUACCGAGUUGUGUGAACACUGUUGAUCCGGCUAAUUACCAUUUUUCCUGUGAGAUGGACGUUGAACUCUCACUUCCCGUUGUAACUGGAGGAUGUGCUGUUGUGGCAGAUUAUGUGGCGCAAUGUAUAAAUGAAGGUUUGACAAUUGGAGACUGGCGGACCGGAACCGUAUGUGAGGUCGAAUGUCCACCUGGUAUGGCAUAUACCCCAUGUGGACCAGAAUGCCCUGCGUCUUGUUUGGAUCCUUAUCCCAUUGGGUCAUGUACUGAGCUGUGCACUGAAGGUUGUUUCUGUGAAGAAGGUCUCGUCUUAGACGAAGGUGGAAUAUGCAUUGAUAAAGCUGAUUGUGGUUGUUAUUAUCUUGGGAACCUAUACAGGUUUGGUGAGGUAUUACCUAUGAUGUUUCCGUGUUGUUGUAAUAAUCCGGUUUCAGUUUACUCUCGAAACAUCAUUCUUGAAGGUCUCCCACAACUGCCUGAUAACGUUAAUUGUGACGCUCCACUAACUUAUGGUGAACUGUCUAUGGGUGUCAAAUAG